AUGGACGAGGUUGAAUGUAAACAUGCGGCAGCUGAUGCAUUCAAACGUUUUGCUAAAACUGUUGCGGCUGAUAGAGUAUCGUCCUUCUCUUCAUAUGCGUCAGAAGAUCAUUUGAUGUUUCGGCCAAAAGUAGAACAAAUUAACGAAUUCAUGCUUAUGCUACGAAUUGGCUUAGAUGAUGAAGAAGCAACAGAAGGAAGUGGUGGCCCACAGCCACCAAGACGUGCUAGGAUUGACGAAGACAGACUUAUUACCAAUGAUGUCCUUGCAUACUUUGUGAGAAGUGAGGAUAAUCCGGACUUGCUGACUACAAAUGCUCAAGCCGUGGCAAGUGAUGUUGCAGUGAAAUUGCGUGAAGCUAUCGAAACUGAGUCUUUGCUCCAUGAGCAGAACCAAACAUGGGUACAAAGCUAA